GUGCGGGCCUGUUCGUGCUUUCACUUCAACUCCAGAGGCGACCAAACCGGACCGAAGUAUGCCCUCCAGAAGCGGGACACGAGCUCAUUCUGGUUGACUCAGAAGACGUUUCUGACUCCGACUCCGCCGAAGACUGAGACUGACUGGAGUGAGGUGGGGGGGAAAAAAAAAAAAAAAAAAAAUCAAAAAGACACAACAAAAACAGCCUACAAGUAGUGCAGGGGGUACACGGUGUUGACGGGGAAACCGAAUCACAGCGAGACUCACCGUCCGGACCUUCUCGACUCACCUGAGCCCGCCCAGGAAGACCGCAAUGUCUGUGGAGACUUACUCUGCGCUGGACGAGUCCUCCCUCCGAGCCUUGCUGGAUGGAACUGUGGACCUGGACGAGAGACGCCUCAUCCGUUCAGCCAUCCGGGAGUUGAGAAGGAGGGAGAUCGAGGACAUGGAGGCUGCUCUGGCCAGCAAGAGAUUUCGACCCACCCGCCUCAAACAGCAGGAGGAUAAGGAGAACCAGCACAGGUCAGAAUCCGGCGACAACUUAGACGUCCUGUCACGAAAACUGCAAUCAAUCCAGGACAUUGAUGAGCUCACCAAAAUGCUCCGUGCCGCCAGCGAGUACGAGGAGAGGAAGAUGAUCAGAGCAGCCAUCCGACAAAUCCGAGAUGAACAGCAGCAAGGGACUGUGGAGAGGGUUAAAGCUCCUGGUCGCUGCCUGGAUCCUGAGAGUGUGGAGCCCCAGAGCAGCAUGGGAACUGGAGAGACAGAGCGGGAGAGUCACAGUGAACGUGAGCAUAUCAGAUCUCAGAUCCGGGAGCUACACGGCCAGCAGACACAACAAAGCAGAGAGCUGCAGACAAUAGGCUCCAACUCAGGCAUGGUGUUGGUUCUCGAUCACCUGGUGAAGGAUGAUGGCUCUGGACCUCUGCUGAUCCAGCCUCAGAGAGAGGCUGUGACUCCAGAGCCUGACCUAGUCCUGUCUCACCGUCAAAGGUCGGACUCCUCAGCUUCAGACCGCAGUGUGACAUCGGUGCUUUCCAGGUCCAAUCUGGAUUCUGUGUCCUCAGAUAAGAGUCUGGGCUCAGCCUACAGAUCCCGGCUAGACUCUGGAGCCUCAGAGAGGAGCCAGAGUUCCUCCCAGCGUGGUCGGCUAGACUCUGGGGCAUCAGAGCGAAGCGUCAGCUCCCAGUCCUCCGUCAGACAGAGACUGGGCUCAGAUGUUUCCGACUCUGGGGUCAGCCCCCAUUUGGGCUCUGUGGCUUCAGACAGUGUUGGUCCUUUGUCAAGGAAAAGGACUGACUCAGGGACAUCUGACCAGAGCGUGAGUAUGUCAUCUGAGGAGAGGGGUCCAGGGGAGGAGUUGGAGAUAGCCACAAGUGGUUCAACUUGCAGCACAGAUUCAGACACCGAGAGCAGAAGCCAAGGUCCAGCCAGCCUCCAGGCUCAGUCCAACCAGGAUAGCAUCGUUGACAAGGAGCAGCCUGAUGGGGCCAUUUUAUCUCGGAGCGAUCCUGCAAAUGGCCUGCUCAGUGGCAGCACCAAGGGAAAAAAUGACUUCCAAAAACAAAAGAUAACAGUUACCAGGGAUCUCCCCCUCACUCAUGACAAGGCAAAGCAUUUUGCACCUGAGAAGAAAGAUGCUAUAUUGGAACAAUUCAACCGCACCAACUCUGUACGUGAUCGAAUGCGCAAGUUCACAGAGCCCAGCCAGAGCCCAAAUGUCCCAACUUUGAAGAAAGCUCCUCUGAGGAAUGGGACAACCUCCGGCAGCAGUGGCCAGACAAAUCUCUCCAGAGCUACUGAGCUGUUUACACACACAACAGCAUCCCUCAAUACAUCUGGAGACUCCAAGUCUCAGACCUCUGCUGCAUCUCAGAGUCAGGCCACACCUCAGCCAAGAGGUGGGGUUAAUAAACCUCCGUCUUUAGCUAGCCAAUCGGAGAACUCCAUGGGUGGGACGAGGCAUCCAGCUGAAAAAGAUGUGCACGCCUACAGUAACUCAAAGGAAGAGAGGACCCCAGGGAGAGCAGCUGGACAGCAGGUCACCCAGGGAGAGGCAGACCCAGACAUGAAGACUUUCCUAACCAUUGAGAUCAAGGAUGGGCGCACCAUCUCCUCUACAUCCUCCCCUAGGGCCAACAUUGUCCCCAUCACCAGCAUGACUCCAUGCAUCACCCCUAAUCCUCAAGGGCAGAGAGCAGAGUUGACCCUCGAUUUAAGAGCAAUGCCAUUCAAGAUCUCCUCAUCCGGCGUCUCCUCAGGAUCCUCCGUCAAGAUGGAGACAGAGCCUGUUAUAGCCUCUGAGCCGGUGUUUUCAGCUGGACCGUCUGUCCAGGUGGCGUGUCAAGUCCCAGCCAUCCCCAACGGCUCCGGCGCUCAGGCCAAACCUGACGAGUGCUCUGGAAAACUGACUGCCGAACAGCUGGCUGCUAUCGAGGAUGAAGAGCUCCUUGACAAAAUGCUCGAUGAGUCGAAAGACUUUGAAGAGAGGAAAAUGAUCCGUGCAGCCAUGAGAGACCUUCGCAAGAGAAAGAGAGAGGUCAUGCUGGGAUGUACUCAAGAGGAAAUAGGUGGGGAAGACCAGAGAGAAAAGGAGCGUGAGACGAGGCUGCAGGAGCUGCGGCAGCAGAGAGAAGAGCGUUCACAGAAAGGUCGUGCUGGCGUCGGAGCAGGAGAGGUGGUGAUGAGGAAGGUGGAGAAGUCGGCAGAUGGCUCCACACUAAGUCAAGUCACAAAGACAAACCGCUUUGCCCAGUCUGAUGAUGGGAGCAGAUCAACACGCAGCACUGUCGUCGAGGCCAGUUAUGUGCAGAAAACAGACAGAGGGACAGUCCAGUCAAAAUCAUACAGCUACACCUCUUCCACUUCCUCUUCCUCCUCUAACACAAGCAAAAAAGUGGGCAGUGUCUUUGAUCGCGAGGAUGACACAUCGACUCGCAGUGGCAGUGGUGGAUUGGCCGCUGUGGAGCGAAGGCAGGCGGAGAGACGCAGGGAGCUGAUGAGGGCUCAGACUCUGCCAAAGACCUCAGCCAUGCAGGCCCGCAAAGCCAUGAUAGAGAAGUUGGAGAAGGAGGGAGGCGGCCUUGGAAAUCAGGCGGUCGCCAGGGUAAACAAGGUUCAGCGUUCCACCAGCUUUGGCGUACCCAACGCAAACUCCAUCAAGCAGAUGCUACUCGACUGGUGCCGUGCGAAGACCCGCUCAUAUGAGAAUGUGGAUAUUCAGAAUUUUUCAUCCAGUUGGAGCAAUGGCAUGGCAUUUUGUGCCCUGGUGCACCAUUUCUUCCCUGACGCCUUCGACUACGACUCCCUGAGCCCCAGCAACCGCAGGCAAAACUUUGAGGUGGCUUUCAGCUCUGCAGAGGCCUUCGCCAACUGCAUGCCUUUGCUGGAGGUGGAGGACAUGAUGAUCAUGGGUAGCAAACCCGACUCCAAAUGCGUCUUCACCUACGUACAGUCUCUGGUCAACCACCUGCGCAGAUACGAGAUGUCCAUGGGUCGGUCCUCUGACCUCUGACCUGUGCUCAGUGAGCGCUCAAAAAGUGACCCCCCCCCCCACCUCUCCCAUAUACCUUCACCAGCCCUGAGCUCUCCCCAGCUCCAUUGUCACCUGAUGACUGCCUCUGCUCUGACAGGCUGUGUCACAGAGUUGCACCUCUCCAAUGGAAAAGUUGGGGAGGAAAAUGUGUGUGUGUGUGUGUGUGUGUGUGUGUGUCUGUGUCUGUGUCUGUGUCUGUGUGUGUGUGUGUGUGUGUGUGUGUGUGUGUGUGUGUGUGUGUGUGUGUGUGUGUGUGUGUGUGUGUGUGUGUGUGUGUGUGUCAGUUUAUCUAUGUUGGCAGUGGUGAUGUGUAUCCAUUAUUUCAGUUCUAUUCUGGACACACAUUGUUAACACAAAGUCCACCCUUCUCUAGCAAGAGAGCACCAAGGUUUUUAUAAGAUUACCUUUUAAGCUUUAAAAUUUUAAAUACUUUUUGUACUCAAACUCAGCUUUGUAUUGGGUAAUAUGUAACAUACAGUAGUACUGAAAAAGACCUCAAGAAAAAAAAGAGAAAUAUUUUUAUAGUAUUUCCCCUUUUAAAUUAUUUACACCUACAUUUUUCUCUGCUACACUGUUGUAAUUAUUGUAAUUUGUUAGCAUUGCUGUUGGUAAUUCCACUGAAGAAGAAAAAUAUACCCAGCCCAAUAUAUGAUACAUUACUUGGUUUUCAUUUUGGUACUUUUUCAUUUUUACCAAACUAUGGUUGAUUUUGGUAUGUUCAUUAAGUUAUUACUGUUCUCAUGUUGAUAUAAUCAAUUAGCAUAUUACUAUUUAAUGCAUGAGCACAGGGAUGUUCUUUCUUCAUUGUUCAAAUGGAUUCAACAUUGUUAUGCUGUUGUUAUGUCAGAGUCCAGCGCUGAGUAAUCUCACCUUUAUGAAUUUUACAGUGCUACUGAGAAGAUGUUUCAGAUUUUUUGCACAUUUCACCCAUCCUGUAUUACUGUAUCAUCGUAUUAUUCUGAAGGCAAAAAUGCUUGUAGUUCAACGUGUUUUUUUAUUCAAGUAGAACAAACACAAGAGGAGUGGGUUGAAGUCUGAUAUACAGCUGAAUUGUACCAUUACUUGAUGUUUCUUACUGCUUGACUGACACCAUAUGCACAAAAAACCCUUAUCAUUGCUGCCAUCGUCCCCCAGAAUUACUGCCACACCCUGCCAAACACACUCACACACAGCUCUUUUAGAGGGCUCAUAUUUAUGCUUGGAUAGAUUUUCGUGACAUAUAUAAUUUUUUCUUUUGUUAGUGUGUACAUUUUACUUUUAAAAGUUCUGUCUAAAUUAAGUCAGUAAGCUCAAGCUACAACGAUGUUUUGUGAAACAAAAUUGGUGUCACUUUUUGGACAAAUUAUGGGCCAGAUGAAAGCCGGCUUUCAGUUUAAACAUGAGUAAUAGUGACUAAACUUAACUGCUAAUUGUAUAUUUUACAACAUGAAGCUAAAAUUUUUGAAUGAAGAUUUUUAUUCUGCUUGUGAAAUUAAGGUUCCUUUGAGAAGAUGUCUAAAAUUUGAUUUCAGAGCUGAUUUUGGUGAAACUUAUUUCUUAAAGCUCUGUUUUAGUAGAUUUAGAGAAAUUAUUUGAGAAUUAUUCCACUGCUGCCAACUGAAAGAAAAUUCCUUCCAACUAGCAGGGAGUGCUGUAUAUAAGAGCUUAAACACAUUACAAUUUCAUGUUUCUGUGCACCACAGUUAAAUGUGAAUUAACAAUUAAACCAAUUUGAGAAAUGAA